UGCGCCUUCCGGAUCAGGAGAUUGUCAGUGUUGAACCUGAACCCCGGACCACCCGUUGGACACGGACUGCGAUCAAAAGGUGUGUGUAUCCUGAACUGCAGUGAGGUGUGUUUUCUGCUUCAGGUGGUGUAAUGGCGAGCAAUCCUGCAGUGUUGAUGCGGCUGGUGGCUUCGGCCCACGCCGUGGCAGAAAAGGCGGGAACAAUUGUCCGAAGAGUGCUCCAAAGUGGAGAGCUCGGUAUUGUUGAAAAGACAGGAGCCAAUGAUCUACAGACACUGGCCGACAGACUCGUUCAGAAGAGUAUUUGUGCGUCCUUGUCCAAAAGCUUCCCUAAACUCACUAUUAUCGGGGAAGAGGAAUUACCGGCUGAGACUGUUGAAGAUGACCUGAUAGAGAACGGCCAGAACAGCUUAAUCCUUGAGAAAUCCUGUCCAGAUCAGUAUGCAAGCCUGAAGGAGGAAGAGCUAGUCGUGUGGGUCGACCCUCUUGAUGGAACUAAAGAAUAUACAGAAGGGCUCUUGGAUCAUGUGACAGUCCUCAUAGGCAUUGCUCAUGCAGGAACGGCCAUUGCUGGAGUCAUCAAUCAACCUUUCUACAACUACCAGGUGGGGGCAGGUGCUACUCUAGGCCGGACGUUAUGGGGAGUGUUGGGUUUGGGCGCAUUUGGGUUUCAACUCCAGGAAGUCCCAGAUGGUAAAAGAAUCAUCACAACCACGCGGUCACAUAGCAAUAAACUUGUGAUCGACACCGUUCAAGCCAUGGAGCCUCAUGAUGUCAUCAGAGUGGGAGGAGCUGGGAAUAAGAUCAUCCAGCUGGUGGAGGGAACAGCUUCCGCUUAUGUGUUUGCCAGUCUAGGAUGUAAAAAGUGGGACACAUGUGCACCCGAGGCCAUUCUACACGCAGUUGGAGGUAAACUGACAGACAUGCAUGGGAAUGCAUACAAAUAUGAUGCCAAUGUGAAGCACAUGAAUUCUGCUGGAGUUCUGGCAACAUUGAGAAAUCAUGAGUACUAUUUAAGCAGAGUGCCGCAGGCCGUUCAACAGGCUCUUCCCUCAGACUGAACCAUUUAAGGACACAGUCACACCCUAAACCUAUGUGCCUGAAAGCUAUGAUAUAUCAUUUUUUUCAUUAAAUCUUUAUUCAUUUCUUAAACUUCUAUCAUUUUUUUUCUUUCAAUGAUUCGAUGUACAUUCACAACAUUUUGAGUAGCUUUCAUUAGGGGACCAAAUAAACUAAAUAUGUCAUUUGUAAUAACGCAGGUACAAGUAACUGAAAUAAACUGUCAACAUGUGCAUUUAUAUGCUGUAAAAACACAACAGGUCCUGUUUCAAGCUUUACCAUCUAUUGAUUAGACCAGUGGUUCCCAAAGUGAAACUCAAACACAUCCUAUUAAAAAUCAAGCAGAACUCAAAUACAUAAUAUUAAACUGUUAGAAUUACCAUAUUUUAUAUACAACCUACUGAAGAUAAAACAUAUCAUGUAAAAAAAUACAUGCAAAUGAAAAUCCAUCAGCGUUUCGAUUUUUGUAUUUUUCCCCCAUUGGAUUGGGACCCCUGGGGUGUUUACAUUAGAUUAAUGAGACGGCAGAUUGAUUUAACGACAACAGCUUAAACUGUGGCACCUUUAUGGCAUACAUAAAAAAUUAUAUGAAAUAAUACAGGCCACGACUAAUCAUGGAGAACCCAAAAUUAAACCAAGAAUAAACAUGUGCUGUAAACAUUUUCUGUUAAUAUUACAUUUAACAAAUGAUUAAAUUCCUAUAAAAUAUACACGGUUGCACUUGUGUUAUCAAUAUGCUCGUGUUUAUAUAGGCCUAUUGCUGUAUGUGCUCGGUUAUGUUCUUAUAUAUCCACCUCCGAGGAUAGUGGGGACCGUGAGUCACUGGCUAUGUUAUUUUAGGGGCUCUGGGCUAAACACUUUGGGAACCCAUGAUUUAGACUAGUGGUUGCCAAAGUUGGUUUCGCAGAAUUGUACAUCUAAUUUAGACACUCUCUAAAAUAACACCAUAUAAUAACAAUAUAACAACAUUUUAGAUAUGUGUGUGUAUCAGAGGUAUAUACAGAUGAAGGCAGAAUUAUUUGCCCCCCUGUUAAUUUUUUUCCCCAAUUUCUGCUUAACAGAGUGAAGAUAUAUAUGCAUUUAUACAGAUGUACUUUAGUUGAAUUGGGUUCAACACCCACUACAAAGGGGAGCUAUGCUUUCAAGAAGUUUGGGAACCACUGGUUUAGACCAUAUUAAUAUAUAAAUGAAUGUCUGACAGCGUUCAUUAUUGUCUUUACUUCUUUAACUUCACUCUGUGAUGACUGUGUAAAUGUUGCAUCAGGAAACUGUGAAAUGUGUUAUGAAAUUAGUAUUUUCCAUGUACUGUAAAGCAAUUAAAUAAGUUUAAUAUCACCAAUCAUUA